GCCAGCCCUCUAGGGAACCGGCUGUCCCGCGCCCUCCUAGAGCAGGAGAAGUGGAGCUGGACUGGAGCCAGCCCUCAGGGUGUCUAUCCCCUUCUCCCGCCGUAACCCCCACCUCGCAAGUGGACCCAGGGUUGACUCGCCUGCUGCCGCAAAGGUCUCCUAGGCUCCUGUCUCAACUGAUCUUUCCCGCCGAAAGAAAUGGGCCCCUGCUCCCAUUUGACAGAUGGGAAAAUAAUGGCAGAAAGGCCAGUACUUGGGGGAAACACAGAGCUAGUCGAAGGCAAAUCAGGAUUUGAAUACAGAUCUACCAUCCUUUGACCCAGCCGUGGGUGGGGCUUUCCAUCCCACCCCACCAGAGAGCCUGCCCACCUGGCAGGGGGCCCCCAUCUCUCUCCAAGGGGCUCCGAAGCCAACCUUCUUCAUGGGUGGUAAGAUGUGAGGGAGCCCCCCACCAACCCCUGCCCCCCGGCUGCCUAAAAUUCCACCAUCACAGCCACAUUCCUUUGGGUUAAAGUCUAAUUCCCCUGUGGGAUGCACACGUCUGCCCUUAGUGAAUCACUGCAGUGUAGGGGGGCCCUACUCGGCGGGUGAUCCUGCCUGAGAGGAGCGGGGACGCACCCCAGACCAAGCACUAUGAGUCUGUCAGCUGGUGGACAUUGGGUGGGGCUGUCAUCAGAGAGGGCUAGAGGGGACAUCAUGGCCUGGUGCAGUGGGAACGUUUGCUCUGGACGCAGGCAGGCUGGAUUCUGGUCCUGACUCUACGCACUGACUGUGUGGCUUUGGGCAGAGCCAUGAGCCACCAGAUCCUGCCGCUCCUGGCCGUGCUGACCCUGGGGCUGACCCUGGGCCUGGCCACCUCCCCACACGGAGACAAGGUGCCCUGUAAGACGGUGAACAAGGAGGUCUCCUGCCAGUGCCUUGGCCUACUCCAGGUCCCCUCAGUGCUCCCGAGGGACAUCGAGGCCCUCGACCUGUCUGGAAACCAGCUUCAGAGCAUCCUGACCUUGCCCCUGGGCUACUACACGGCGCUUCGUCACCUGGACCUGAGCUCCAACGAGAUCGGCUUCCUCCAGCCAGGCAUCUUCCAGGCCCUGUCCCACCUGGAGCACCUCAACCUGGCCCACAACCACCUGGCGCUGAGCACUGGGGGUCUGGGCUCCCUGCUGCACGUGAAGUCCCUGGACCUGUCUGGGAACAGCCUGUACAGUGGCCUGGUGGAGCAGCUGCUGGGGGAGGCGCCAGCCCUGCGCACCCUCACGCUGGCGGAGAACAGCCUGACCCGCCUGACCCGCCAGACCUUCUGGGGCACACCUGCACUUGAGUGGCUGGACCUACAUAGCAAUGUGCUGAUGGACAUUGAGGACGGCACUUUCGAGGCCAUGCCCCACCUGACCCACCUCAACCUCUCCAGGAACUCCCUCACCUGCAUCUCCGACUUCAGCCUCCAGCAGCUUCGGGUGUUGGACCUGAGCUGCAACAGUAUCGAGGCCUUUCAGAUGGCCCCAGAGCCCCAGGCCGGGUACCAGCUCACCUGGCUGGACCUGCGAGAGAACAAACUGCUCCACCUUCCUGACUUGGUGGCACUACCAAGACUUAUCUACCUGAAUGUGUCCAACAACCUCAUCCGGCUCCCUGCGGGGCCGCCGCAGGGCAGCAAGGCCAUCCAUGCACCUUCCGAGGGCUGGUCGGCCUUGCCCCUCUCGAACCCCAGCUGGAAUGCCAGCACCCACUCCCUCUCCCAGCUCCUGAAUCUGGACUUGAGCUACAACGAGAUCGAGCUAGUCCCUGAGGGAUUUCUCGGUCACCUGACCUCCCUACGCUUCCUGAACCUCAGCCGGAACUGCUUACGGGCUUUUGAGGCCCGGCGUGCGGGCUCCCUGCCCUGCCUCGUGCUCCUGGACAUCAGCUACAAUGCGCUGGAGGUGCUGGACCUGGGCACCAGAGCACUGGGGUCACUGCGGACGCUGCUCCUACAGGGCAAUGCCCUGCAGGACCUGCCCUCAUACACCUUUGCUGGUCUGGCCAGCUUACAGAGGCUCAACCUGCAGGGGAACCGGGUCAGCCCCUGUGGGGGGCUAGGUGGUCCUGAACCCUCAGGCUGUGUGGACUUCUCUGACAUCUCCUCCCUCCGAGUCCUAAAUUUGGUGGACAACGAGAUGGAGACACUCUGGGCAGGUGCCUUCCUUCAUACACCACUUACCGAGCUAGACCUGUCUUCCAACCCUGGGCUGGAUGUGGCCACAGGGGCCUUGGCGGGCCUGGAGGCCUCCUUGGAGGUCCUGGCCCUGCAGGGCAACGGGCUAGAGGUCCUGCAGGUGGACCUGCCCUGCUUCAGCUGCCUCAAACGGCUCAAUCUUGCGGAGAACCGCCUGAGCCGCCUGCCGGCCUGGACGCAGGCAGUGUCCCUGGAGGUGCUAGACCUGAGGAACAACAGCUUUAGCCUGCUUCCGAGCAGUGCCAUGGGCGGCCUGGAGACUAGCCUCCGGCGCCUCUACCUGCAGGGGAACCCGCUCAGCUGCUGUGGCAAUGGCUGGCUGGCGGCCCAGCUGCACCAGGGCCGUGUGGACAUGGAUGCCUCCCAGGACCUGAUCUGCCGCUUCAGCUCCCAGGAGGAGGUGUUCCUUAGCCACGUGCGUCCCGAGGAUUGUGAAAAGGGGGGGCUCAAGAACGUCAACCUCAUCAUCAUCCUCACCUUUGCACUUGUCUCUGCCAUUAUCCUCAUCAUGCUGGCCACCUGCUGCUGUGUCCGCCAGCAGAAAUUCAACCAACAGUACAAAGCCUAGAGAAGCCGGGCUGCAGAUCACCUCAGCCGGGAUACCCCUCCAGGUCAGCGAGGGAGCUGGAGGCACAGAGAAGGGUGAGGUCUGACCCAAGGUCACACAGUGGCCAGGGUCCCAGAACCCUGGUCUCUAACCCCCCAGCCCAGGGCUCCUUUCUCUGCCUCCUGCUGCACUGGUAGGUGAGACGCCUCCCAGACCACACAUGUGGUCCAGCUGUGGAAGCUGGAAGCUGAGCGAUACUGGGAGUGACAAAGAAUGAGGUUUGCCCAUCGAAUCAACAUAUCUUUGCCAGAAGUCUGUUUUGUGCCUCACCCUGCUCUGGGCACUGGGGACACUGGUGAAGGAGACAAUCUCUGUCCUCAAGCGUCUCCCAGUCUGGGUGGGAGGCCGUCGCAGAGCCACGUAGCGACCACACAGAGCGGAGCCCAGGGCUCCGAGGCUCAGCAGCGGCCUGCCCCUGCCAAGCCAGGGCCAGGGAGGGGAAAGACCAAGAGGUCUUUCCAGAAAUAACGCAGAAAUAAUCUGCGUUAUUUCAAAGCAGACUCUUUGUUACAUCUGAUAAUGACUCUCAGCUUCCCUGGAGCAUGAAGAUUGCAACUGGAAGAGAACUGGAGCCACCACACCCGUUUGUCCUGGAUCCGGCGCUAUCAGGCAGGCUGUGGCGGCUCCAGCAGGUCGGGUCGAGAGGCUGUCGCCCUGGCCUCUGGCCAGCACUGGGGCCUCUGUUCCCUGAUCUGGACAGGCUCUUUCCCCACCUGGCACCCUCGCAUUGUACGCACCAGUCUGAAUGCUGCCCUAGCCCCACUCCCUGCUGCAUCCCAGCCCCACCCUGCUGGGGGAGACAGGACUUAAAGUUAGAGCCCUAGGUCUCCGGUUCUGUUUUGUACCAGGCUUGGUAGCUGUAAUGAACCCAGGCCUGCAGCUGCCUCUUUAUGACAACCAUCUGAGGUUGGUCUUUUUUUCCCAUUUUGUAAAAGUGGCUCCAAGUCACCCUCCAGAGUGCCCUUGCCGAGAAAUGCCAUCACUAAGGUUCGGACUCACAUCAUCCUGACUCCAGGGGCUUUGCCACUGCUGGGACUGCAGGCUGUCAGGUGGACAGGAAGUGGCCCCCGCUGCUGGGACAGGGCCUGGGGGCAUCCUGUGCUGUCUAUCCCCACCCGGUCCUCUCCCUCCUCACCCAGGCAGGCAGAGGGAAGCCAGAUGGCCACAAGCCCUCUCCUCCUCCUCUGCCUCACUUUCCCUCAUUCCCUCCUUUGCAGACUGAUGUGGGUUCUCCUUUUUCUCUUCUUGCUCUUGAAGUCCCUCAUUCCCAUUGUCCAAUGAGCAUGGCCAAGAGCGUGAGAGUACUUAGUCCCACCUCCCCAGUGUACAGAUAGGGAAACUGAGGCUUAGGAAGAGGAAGGGACUUGCUCAGAGAUGCACACAUCAGUAGCAGAGCCUGUGGAAAAAAGUAGAUUCAGAUCUCAUCAGGGAUGAGUGGUGGGUGGGGAGGGGUUGAGGGUGGGCCUGAGUGGUUUCCUUCUCUCUCAGCUGUCACAUCACAAGAUAAUGUUGGCUCCAAACACUCUUUCUGGUCCUGAUCAUGCAGGAAUAUUCCCCCCUUAUGAAAAUGGGUAAACCCCCUCCAGAUCUAACACCUGCCCCUCCUAUGCAUGCAGCCAUGGGCUGUCCAGAAGAAAGGGGGCCUUGGGGUCAGCCCAGGACCCUGUGCUGUUGUCUGCACCUCCCACCUGUGCUGGGCAAGGUGGGAGACAAUGAAAACUCCACUUUCUCUGCCCCAUUUUACAGACAAGAAAACUGAUGCCCAGAGAGGGUCAAGGACUCAGGGAGUCGAUGGCAGAGCCGGGGCUGGAACUUGAGGUCCUGGCCCCACCUGGGCCCCAGGGGCCUCGGGGUGGCACAGGGGACCCAGUCCUGGUCGGGACCAUGACAAGAGGUGCUCACUGCGUGGAACACUCCUUCGCAGGCGUGGGGGCAGGUGUGGGCCCUCCGUGCCUGGUCUUCGGAAACACUACACAAUGCUGCUCUCACCUCCCAGGGGCCAGGCCACAGCCUGGCCUCGGGACCAGCUCUUCGUAUAACCCACAUGAAUGUAUUAAAGAAUAAUUUUGGAGAAACGGUGCGGCCUGCCAGCCUCCUCCUUGCUUCGGGUAUUCGGCACCAUCACAGCUACUUGAACCCUUUCCUCUUCUCUUCCCUUUGUGGCCUCUGAACCCGAUGGAGCAGCCCUGGGGAGACAGGCUGGGACCUCUAGGUGGGAGAUUGAGGUUCUGGGUCAUCUCCACCCUGGACCUCCGGGCCUCAGCCCCAGUCAUAUCCCCUUCGCAUCCGACAAACCCUGCUCCGCACCCCACUGCUGAGACAGUGGCUGCUGUCCGUAGUUUCACCACUAGUCCUUUGUCUGAGCUCGCCCCUCUGCCCCUCCCUCGGUCCUCAUCCCCGCCUCUCUCGUUUGCUCCCUCGCAUUCCUCUCUCCUCAGCCCUUCCUCUCUAGUUGCUUCUUCUUCGUACACCUCAGCCGUGCUCAAGUCAUGCCCAUCUUAAAAAUAGUGAAAGAUCUUUAAACCCUUCCCCCUUUUCCUACUUCAUGAAUAAAUUGCUUGAUAAAGUACACCCUAACUGGUGUGGCUCGGCGGGUUGGGCGUUGUCCUGCAAACAGAAAGGUUAUGGGUUCAAUUUCUGGUCAGUACACACGCCUGGGUUGCAGGCCAGGUCCCUAGUUGGGGGCAUGUGAGAGGUAACCGAUCAAUGCUUCUCCCCGAUAUCAAUACUUCUCUCCCACUCCUUUUCCCUCCCCUCCCCUUCCCUUCUCGAAUGAA